AUGUGUACUAAACCAUAUUCUUCUCCAGCUGAUUGGCCAAAAUUAUCCAUUUGGUCUUUUGUACAGGUUCGUAUUUGGAUCAUUCGUAGCGAUCGAUCAACUCAUAUAGCUCAGUUAGCUGAACAAAUAUGGCAUUCACUUCAGUUAGAUACAAAAUGUGAAAAUACAAAGUUAUUUAAUACAAAAAUACAAAACGGUAUAAGAGCACUUUUGGAAAAACCAAAUGAUACUGAUCUGUUGAAUCCAAUGCUCCUUGCUCAACGUCUACUAUUAGAAGCAACUCGUCCUAAUGUUUCAGUUCAGUUAGGCAUAGCUGAUGCAUUUGCUUUAUGCCUUCUUGAUCGUAAUAAUGAUGAGAUUAGUGUGGCUUUAGAUAUGUUGGUACAUAUGUAUCAUGUCAUGUUACAUCGUGAUCCUGCUGUACACGAUAGUAUGGGUCGUAUACUUUGUCCUGAGUCACCUGACAGAUGGCGUGAACGCAUUGGUCUUGCCGUGAUCUUGACACGACUAUCUGAUGCACCUGCUGUGUCAUUAUCAACAUCAUCAUCAUCUACGUCACAAAUAUUAUUUAGGCAAAGUCUAUUGAUUGGUAGUAAUGAAGAAAAAACUGAAGAUAAUAUCAAUCCUAACGGUUUCGACACGGAAAAUUUCUCUUCUACUAGUGAUGAUAUGUCAAACCAAUCACCAAUGUGGUUGCUAAAUAUGUUCCGUUUUCUUGUUAGUGAUGGAUUGAAUGAUCGUAAUACAGCAGUACAAUCGGAAAUGCUUCAAGCAGGUUUACGUGCUGUCCGUAAUUUUGGAAAGCAAUAUAUUGGUCAAAUUUUGCCAAUACUUGAAAACUAUGUAAAUAAAGCUCCAAAUGUCCCUGAAUUAGACUCUGUUCGCCAAUCUAUACUCAUUUUAACUGGUUCGCUAUCUCAACAUUUAGAUUCUACUGAUCCAAGAGUUGGAACUAUUUUUAAUCGUUUGUUGAAUACAUUGAGUUUUCCAUCAGAUUUAGUUCAACAAGCUGUGGAAGACAGCUUAGCAUCACUCAUUGGUAAACUAUCUGAAGAACAAACUGCAAAAACUAUUAAUAAGCUAAUGACUACUCUGUUAAGUAGUAAUAAUUAUGCUGAACGUCAUGGUGCAGCUCAUGGGAUUGCAGGAAUUGCUCGAGGGUUAGGCAUUAUGUCAUUAAAGCACCAUGGAAUUAUUGAUAAAAUUAUACCAGCGUUGGAUGAUACUAAAGUGGCUAAACGUCGUGAAGGUGCAUUAAUGGCUGUUGAACGACUUUCUCUUGGAAUGGGACGUCUUUUCGAACCAUACGUUGUCCGUCUCAUUACACCUCUAUUGAAUACAUUUGGCGAUACAAAUCCUGGUGUAAGAGAAGCCGCUUCAAAUGCUGCACGAGCGGUUAUGAGUAAAUUAAGUGCACAUGGUGUGAAAUUAAUAUUACCAGCACUACUUAAAGCUAUCGAUGAUCAACAGUCUUGGCGUACAAAAGCCGAGGCUGUAGAUUUGCUUGCAUCGAUGACGCAUUGUGCAUCAAAACAGUUAUCUGCUUGUUUACCUCAAAUAGUUCCCCGAUUACUAGAAGUGUUAGUGGAUUCACAAGACCGUGUUAAACAAGCUGGUGUUAGAGCAUUGACUCAAAUUGGUAAAGUGAUUCGUAACCCUGAAGUUCAAGCUCUUGUCCCAUUACUUACUAACUGUCUUCAACAGCCAUUGGCAGAUAAAACACCUUGUUUAGCAGCACUUCGUGAUACAUGUUUUGUGCAUGUUCUUGAUGCACCAAGUCUAGCACUUAUACUACCAGUUAUACAACGAGCAUUCGCUGAUCGAUCUACUGAAACACGUAAAAUGGCUGCACAAAUUUUCGGCAAUUUACACAGUUUGGCCAGAAAAGAGGAGUUAGCACCUUAUGUAAGUACUAUUCUACCAUUAUUGAAAACAUGCUUGUUGGAUGCUGUCCCUGAAGUACGUUCAGCUGCGGCUGCUGCACUUGGUGCUGUUGUUCGAGGCAUGGGUGAAACUUCUUUCUCUGAACUACUUCCAUGGCUUAUGUCAACUCUAACGUCGGAAACAUCAUCUGUUGAUCGUUCUGGUGGUGCUCAAGGAUUGGCUGAAGUACUUGGCGGUAUGGGAAUCGAAAAGUUACGUGUUGUUUUACCCGAUUUAAUUAGAACAGUUUCAUCUGAAUCUAAAUUACAACCACAUAUUCGUGAUGGUUAUUUAAUGCUAUUCAUUUAUUUACCAACUGUAUUUCAAGAUGAUUUUGCUGAAUUCAUUGGACCAAUUAUCCCUACUAUUCUUAAAUCAUUAUCUGAUGAAACUGAAUUUCUGCGUGAAACAGCAUUACGUGCAGCUCAACGUAUAGUCCAUAUGUUUUCAGAAACAUCAUUAGAAUUAUUAUUGCCUCAAUUAGAACAAGGAAUGACUGAUUCCAAUUGGCGCAUACGACAUUCAUCUGUCCAAUUGUUAGGUGAACUAUUAUAUCGUAUAUCUGGAUUAUCUGGUAAAGGAACUACAAAAACAACAAAUGAAGAUGAUACAUUUGGUACAGUUGAAGCUCAUGAACGUCUACGUGAAAUUAUAGGUGAUGAACGUCAUAAUCGUAUACUAGCUCGUUUACAUUUAUCACGUUCUGAUCCUAUAAUCAUUGUCCGUCAAUCUGCUAUACAUAUAUGGAAAAUUGUUGUACCUAAUACUCCAAGGACUUUACGUGAAAUUAUGCCUGUACUUGUUCGUUUAUUAUUGGAUACUUUAGGAUCAUCUUCUCGUGAGCAUCAACAAAUUGCCGCUCGUGCACUUGGUGAUGUGGUACGCAAAUUAGGUGAAAGAAUCCUACCAGAGAUUAUUCCACUAUUAGUAACCGGCUUAGACUCUCCAGAUGCUGAUCAACGACGUGGUGUCUGUACUGGAUUAAUUGAAAUUAUUCGCAGUUGUCAGUCUGAUCUGCUAUCAAAUUAUGCCGACAGCUUAUUAGAUCCUAUUCGACGUACUUUAUGCGAUCCACUUGUUGAAGUGCGUCGUAACGGUGGCAAGACAUUUGAAUUAUUAUAUGCUGCUAUUGGUAUACGCUCACUUGAUGGUAUUUUACCAGAUCUACUUGCUCAAUUAGAUGAUCCAGAGACUAGCCAUUAUGCGUUAGAUGGUAUAAAACAAUUAUUAGCUGUUAAAGGCAAAGCUGUUAUGCCAUAUUUAGUCCCUAAACUAACUCAUCCAGUGGUCAAUGUGAAAGCAUUUGCUUAUCUUGCGUCAGUAGCUGGAGAAGCUCUUACAAAACAACUUGGUCGAAUCUUACCUGCACUUCUACAAACUGUAUCAUUGAUGUCUGAGUCUGAUUAUAAUCAGAACAAUGAAAAUAAGGAUAUUGAAGAGGAAACAGAAAACGAGGAUUUAGAGCAUUGUGCUGCUGUCCUUGUAUGCAUUUAUGAAGCCACAGGAAUCCGUCAAAUUUUGAAUGAAUUAUUAUCUGGUUUGUCAACCACUGUAACAAUUGACGAAACCACAAAUAACACCACUACACAAAACAAACUUGUUCCCGGCUCUAGUGCAUAUCGACUUGCCUGUUUACGGUUACUACGUGCCUAUCUUGAAGCUAGUUUUCAAGAUUCUUCUGAUGUUGUAACGUCCAUUGUGAAAUCCAAUGUAAACAAUAAAUCUUCCGAUGAAGAUGAAACUGAUGAAUCUGACGUUGAUGAUGAUGAUCUCGAAGAUGAAGAGGCGUCUGAUGACGGCUCGUUUAAUUCCGAUGAAGAUUAUAGUGACGAAGAUGAUAUGGACAAAGAUGAUGACGACAGUUAUGAUGAUGACGAUGAUGAUGAGAUGGAGGAAAAUCCUGAUGCUAAAGAAGUUAUAAGUCGAGUGUUGAAUGAAUCAUAUCCACUUGCUCUUCGUAAUAUUUGUCGUCUUUUAGCUUCUACUGACAAAACUACUUUAUCGGAAGCAUGGAAAUGUUUAGAAACACUUUUCAAACGUUGGAACCCUGAAACAAUUACUUCCCAAAUUGGUGAUUUGCGUCAAGGUAUUCGUGGUGCUAUAUCAGAAAUGAACAAGUUAGCAGCUGCUAAUAAAAAUGAAGGUCAAAAAUAUUUGCCUGGGUUUUCAGAUCCUACUUUACCACUUGUUAGUUUAGUUAAAUUAUAUGCUGAGUGUACACUCCGUGGGCGUCCCGCAAUUAAAGAACCUUCAGCACAAGGAUUAUCAGAAUGCAUAAUUCAUGCGAAUGGGACAGCACUUCAAGGUUGCGUUAUCAAAGUUAUUGGGCCUCUCAUCCGUUUACUGGGUGAGCGUCAGACGAAUGUUGUUCGUGUUGCUGUGUUGCAGUCUCUUACUUCGCUUGUUAAUAAGUGCCCACAAUCUGUUCGUCCAUUUGUUACACAACUCCAGUCAACCUUCUUAAAAUGUCUUGGAGACUCACAUAAGCAAACGAGAAUACUUGGUGGUGAAGGGUUAUCAUCAAUUGUUCCUAUUACACCUAAACUUGAUCCUUUGUUAAUCGAUCUGGCUAGAGUAUCAUCUCAAACUGUUGUAUCACGUUUUCAUGAUUACUUGGAAGAUACAUCAAGUGAGAUAGAAGAUAUGCUCCCUAAAUCAGGUGUUUCUGCAACUGCACAUACAUUGGCUGGUGUAGCAGCUUUUCCUGAUACUAGUUUACAGGCGUUACGUUUGUGUCUAGAACAUUCCAGAGGUCGUGCUGGACUAACCGCUUUAAAUACUAUACUUCACUCAUUAAUUCCAUUAAUGCGUUUACCAGAGUCUUGUGGUAAUGAAAUUCGAAUUGAAACAAAUCCACACAGAAAUAACAUUGUUGAUGACAAUGAAUAUAAUAGUGAAGAUAAUGAUGAUGAACAAGAAAGUGUCUUAGGAUCAUUUAAUCAAACUAAACAAGUAUUGAUCUCCUCGGAUCAACUGCGUAUUAUAGUUUCUUCAUGUAUAGGAUUUAUUGUUGUUGCUGCACAAGCCACUAUUGACAACUUUUCACAAAGUGACAAUGAGAAAAUACAGAAGAAACUUGAACUUGUUGAUUUAUUUGAACGGAAACUAUUCCUGUCUUCAUCCACCAAACAAGAUGUACAAUGGACAUUUAACCAAAGUCAAGGCAUUGCCCUUCUUAUUCCACUGAAGCAUACACCAAAAAUUUUAAUCAAUUCAGAGACCAUACAGUCAGGUUUUUGUGAACGCCUAGGGCAAUUCAUUAAACAAUUAUCCAUUCAUGAAAAUUCCGUCAUUUGUCAAAUAGGAUACAGAUGUAUUGGAUGCUUUGUCGGUUAUCUAACAGAGAAUCAUGAAGUGAAUUAUAAUCCUAAACUAUUACUGGAGCUACUUGGAAAAGGUUUUGAACAUCCUGUAAUCGAUGUGCGUCUAUUGUCUACAGUUAUAUCCAGUCAUAUUGCAUGGCGUGUAAAAUUACCAAUUCCUUCUUGGUUAUGUACAUUUUUGAUUAAACUUCUUAGCGGAAUAAAAGAUAAAAACAGUGCAGUACGACUUGGAAGUGAAACAGCUUUAGCUGUACUCUGUCGUUUAAAUGCUCCAAAGAAUAAAGAUCAAAACCCUAAUUCUGAAUAUUUACAAGCUUGUUACGACCUAUUGGAUAAUAAUACACGUAAUCAACUAGAAACACUUAUACAACAACGCCUUCGUAAACAAAAUUGGUCUGAAGUAUGGCGUCAAGGUUGCCCAGAUAUGGAUAAUACAAUUUGA